UGGUGUGUGGUGGUAGAUGCCAAGAGGGGGCAAUGAUGAGGACACGACUCUUCAUUGGAAUCAAAAGCAGAAGGAGGAGUUGUUGCAACUCCUAGCAGAGUAUAACCGUAACUACCAUGGUCGGAAACCGGUCCAGAAAAAUUGGGAAGAUUGGGCUACUAAGCUACAAAAACAUUUUAAGGAUCCAGUUACGGCGGCCAAGGUUCAACAGAUGCGAGUGCGUCUAAAAGGCAAGUUUGAUAAGGAGGUUAUACUACGUACAACCACAGGCCUUGGUUGGGAUCCUGUGACAGGCGCAGUGACUUGUACGGACGAGUAUUGGGAAGAUUUUGCUAAGAUUUGGCGAACAGGUUGUAAUGUGGAACGGAGGGCCUUCGAACGCGUCGCCUGACAACACAAUAGACGAUGACUCAGAUGAUGACUAUGAGACAGCAGGUGUCGCGGCUAUGCUCUGGUAUUACCAAACCUACGUUGAGAGACCCCCGCCUCAACCUAAGCACACCUCCGCGUUCACAGGUAUUAUGCGUGUUGAUUACUUGCUUGAUGGUCAUGAGGACGUAAUUCGGAAUAAGAUUAGGAUGGGCAGUGACUGUUUUAAGCGACUGAGUUCACUCUUAGAACUUAAGGGAUAUCUGAGACCCACUAGGAAUAUGAACGUGGACGAGCAGCUUUUUAUCUUUCUAUACAUUGUGUCCCAAAGCCAAAGCAAUAGGGAAUCGCAGGAUCAAUGGCAGCAUUCUGGAUCCACAAUUUCCAAAUACUUCGAGGCUGUAUUGGCGGCAAUAUAUAACCUGCGGCAUGAUUUCAUAACACCCCCGAAUUUUAACAUUAUUGAUCCAAUCAUUGCUGCGAGUGGAAGCAAGUAUUUGCCAUGGUUUAAGAAUUGUGUUGGAGCUCUCGACGGGACUCACGUCCCUUGUGUUCCACCAUCAGGUAACCCCGAAGUAUGGAGGAAUAGGAAGGGUUUUUACUCCCAAAAUGUGUUAGGGGUAUGUUCAUUUGACAUGAAGUUUACCUACAUAUUAGCUGGAUGGGAGGGAUCGGCACAUGAUGCGCGCGUUCUUUCAUCCGUAGUGGGGGUACGAGAAAAAAAGUUCCCAACUCCACCGCCCGGUAAAUACUACCUUGUAGACUCUGGCUACGCGAACAACGAUUGUUUCUUGGCGCCGUACCGAGAGAGCACAUAUCACCUUCAAGAGUAUAGGGCAAGACGUGGGCGUCCUCGAACUCAGCGUGAGUUGUUCAAUUACACGCAUUCGUCCCUAAGAAAUGCUAUUGAGCGCACUUUUGGUGUUUGGAAAGCAAGGUUCCGCAUACUCAAGUGCAUAAAUAAUUACCCAAUAGAGAAACAGAUACAAAUUCCUAUUGCUUGUGCUGUGCUUCACAAUUUCAUACAUAUGUACAACAAUAACGAUGAGCUACUGAACCAGUACACACGAGACGGAGUUCCAGUUUUUGAAAUUGAUCCAGAGAAUGCAGAUCAAGAUGUUAAUCAAAAUCACAAUCCUGAUCGCGGAACGGAACAAAAUCAGAACUCCGCAAAUCGUAGACAAAUGAAUAUUUUGAGGGACGAGAUGGCAGCUAGCAUGUGGGCGGCAUUGGAAGCAUAUCGCAAUCGGUAG